CUCAUAUUUGAUGAAACUGGCAUGUUAGACAAUGGAGAACGUUUUGUUUUCACUUCCCUCUUCUGAUAUAUUUUUUUUCCUUUAAAACGGUCUGAAACCAAAUUCCAAAAUUGAAAAUUCACAACCCUAGAAUCUUAUUUCUGGAAAAUCAAAGGGAAGAUUCUUGUCUUCGUCGAUCAGCUUACCACAAGAGUAGCCGGGAAUUUCAAAACGAUGUCUGGAUCAUUGAUUCCGGGACCGAAUCCGGAUCGGGUUUUGUCUCCGACGACUUCAAAAUCGGUGACGCAGACGGUGAACGGGUCGCAUCAAUUCGUGAUACAAGGUUACAGCUUAGCUAAAGGGAUGGGUGUAGGGAAGCACAUAGCGAGUGAUAAUUUCUCCGUCGGAGGGUAUCAGUGGGGGAUCUUCUUCUACCCGGACGGUAAGAAUCCGGAGGAUAACUCGUCGUACGUCUCUGUCUUUAUCGCACUGGCUAGUGAAGGUACCGAAGUUAGGGCACUUUUUGAGCUUGCUCUUGUUGAUCAAAGCGGAAAGGGGAAGCACAAGGUUCAUAGCCAUUUCGAGCGGUCACUUGAUGGUGGUCCUUAUACUCUCAAAUACAGAGGAAGCAUGUGGGGAUACAAACGUUUCUUCAGACGUUCCCUGCUUGAGACAUCUGACUUUCUCAAAGAUGAUUGCUUGAUAAUCAAUUGUACAGUUGGGGUUGUGGUUUCAGAAAUACACUGCCCACAGUUACACUCUGUUCACGUCCCUGAUUCAGAACUUGGAGCACAUUUUGGAGUUUUACUGGAUAGCAUGGAAGGUUCUGAUGUAACUUUUGACAUUGCUGGCGAGAAGUUUCUAGCUCAUAAACUAGUACUGGCUGCUCGAUCUCCAUUUUUCAAGUCGACGUUUUUCAGUGAGUUUGACGCAAACAAUUCAGAGGUUACUAUUAACGAUUUGGAACCUAGGGUAUUUAAGGCUUUGCUACAUUUUAUGUAUAAAGAUUCUCUUCCAGAAGAUGUUGAGCCUGCGACAACUCAUACAUUUGAGCGCUUAAAGCUGUCAGAAAUAUAUGAGACAUUGAUUGUAAAAAUUUUAGCAGCAGCAGACAAGUACGACCUGAACAGGCUGAGGUUGUUGUGUGAAGCUCACAUCUGCAAGGGUGUAUCAGUCAAAUCCGUCGCCAAGAUCUUAGCGUUGGCCGACAGGUAUAAUGCUAAGGAACUAAAAGGUGUUUGCCUAACAUUUACUGCUGAGAACCUUGCAGCUGUCCUGGACACAGAGGCUUAUCAACAAAUGAAGGAUGAAUGUGUGACCCUUCAGUCUGAGCUUCUGAAGGCGGUGGCUGGUCAGGAGGAAGGCAGUAACAGUACUGGAGGAGCAAAGUCUCAGAGCGUGUGGGCCCAACUUUCUGACGGUGGUGGCGAUACUAGCAGCCGACAUGUUCGACAACGAACCACUUAGAGCUUCACUAUGCAUUUUCUCAGGUAGUAGCCAUAGAGAGGGUAUAUACAGCUGCUGUUCUUUUCUGUAUUCAAAAAUAUAUAUAUAUAUAUGAUGUUAAGUCCUCCUAACUCUAUGAUAGGUAAACUCUUUCAAUUUUCACCUCAGUAACAGCUUUGGAUGUAUCUUCUUUUCGUGUUUAAAGUAUUUUGAAUCCCAUUAAAUCUCAUAA